AUGCUCAGGGCCAUCUCCUGUUGUUUUGGAGGGUCCGCAGACCCGGUCGACGACCGAGAUGUCUCCUCGCAGACCCCUGUCUCCCAACAGCCAACAUUCCCUUCUCCGCUCGAUCCCUUUGGCCCCUGGCUCCAUCCUGUCGAGUGUCUCAUCAACACUGCCCGCGACGAGCCCGAUGCCCUCCUGAUCAACACCUACGAGAGCGGCGCCUCGGAGCGACUCAGCUAUCUCCGUGUGUGGAAGCAGGCGUAUUCGGUCGCCCAGGCUCUCAAGGCUCUCCCUGGCUGGAACGACGACGACCACGAGGUCAUCGGCACCUUCUGCGAGGCCGAAGCCAGCUGGGUGAUCUACUCGUUUGCUGUGUGGAUGCUUGGCAAGAAAACACUCAACCUCGCUCUCAAUUUCCCUGCCGCUGUUCGCAAGGCUCUGUGCGAGAGACACUCCAUCAAGUACAUCCUCUACCACCACACCAAGCCUGGCCGCACCAUUGGAGUGACGCUGGUCGAUGCCACCACGUUCCCUGUGCUGGACAACGUCCCACCCCCGUCUCUCGAAGUCUGUGAACCCCUUGAUGAUUAUGUCGCCAUCCAGUGUACCUCUGGAACAACGGGCAUCCCCAAGUCGUUCAAGUUUGCACAUGCUGGAGCUAUCACUGGUCGACUUUCAGUCGGAAUGCUGAAAAGUAGCGCUGGAUUUUUCCAAACUCCCUCGUUCAUGAAGCUGGUAAUCAACACUGCGGUGUCGUUGAAGCCUGACAUCCUGUGGGGAAUCACGAAGAAGGUUAUAACUGGUUCAGAGUAUAUUCCCAUGAGUAUCAUUCACAAAAUCAGGGAUAUUUUCCCAAAUGCCGAAAUUCAGUCGAUAUAUGGAUCUAGCGAGUCUACAGUCAUUGGUGCUAUAUCAUAUUUGAGAAUCCAAACGGACGAUCGCAUCCCAGAGAAGCUGGUCUACAAGCAAGCCAAACCUGGCGUGCGCUGCCUCUUGUUUGACGAGAAAGGCGAAAUCAUCGAUCCACGGUACUCCAACAGCGGAAUCCUGGUCUUUGCCGUCGAUCCCGAACAUCCUGCCAAGGACCAUCCGAGCUUUGUAAACGCCGAUCCCAACGACAAGCUGUCGACUUUCGGCUUCCUCGUGGAUGGCUCGCCCCGAGUCUGCACCAUGGACUGGGUCGAGAUGAUCAGCGACAAGGAGUUCAGUGUUGUUGGAAGAUUCGACCAGAAGAUCAAGGUCAACGGUGUCUAUGUCGACCUCAACGGCCUCAAGGAGCUUGUCCACAAGCACCUGUCCCAGGUCAUUGCCGACUGCUACUUCAUCCACACCUCCGAGAGGAAGAUCAUCUUGCUCUACAUCCCUCAGGAAGGAUACAACCCCAACCUGACCUCGGCCGAUAUCAUCCGAGUCGUCGAGGACAUGUUUUUGCUGUUGAACGUCUCCAAGGUCCCCGUCCACAACUGCCUCAAGCUCGACGCAUUCCCCUUCAACGACUCGGGCAAGGUCGAUCUCAAGAAGCUCAAGCGCAUCGCCGAGAACGUCGAGCAGUACGGCCAGGCGGUCCAGUACCCGGCUCUCAUCGUCACCAGAACGUUCUUGACCAAGAUUGCCUUCAAGAUCUCCGAGUUCAGUAGUCAGAUCCUGGACAACCCUGGUCUCUACGGCCGCAACUUUUACAUUGGCGGCGUCGGCUUUGACUCGCUGAGCAUCGGCCGCCUGGCCCUCGCCAUCAGGGAGGAGUACGGUGUCGAGAUCUCGCCAAUGAUCCUGCUGUCGAACAGCAUGAGUCCCAAGGAUGUCGCCCAGCUGGUCGUCGACAUUCUCGACGACAAGCUGGUGAUUCCGCCGACAAUCGAUCUGGCUGCCGAGGCUGCCAAGCUCGACGAUGCGAGUGUGACGGCCGAGGGUUUCCCUCCGUUUGUCUAUCCCAAGGAGGUCCGCGGCAUCGUCCUGACGGGUGCAACCAGCUUCCUCGGAGCAUUCCUGAUCUUUGAGCUGGCACACAAGUUCCCUCGGGCCAAGAUCUACUGUCUGGCACGAACCGAGACCGAGAAACUGGCCUUCCUCCGCACCUACUCCAACGCCUCGAGGCUGGUGAUUGCAUCGCGGAACAAGAACGAUCCGUGGUAUGACGUGCGAGACCGGUGGGUUGGUCUGCGCGGCGACGUUUCCAAGGAGCGAUGGGCACUCUCGGACGAGCGAUGGAAGGAGAUUUGCGAAGAGACCGACAUGAUUGUGCACAACGCCGCCGAGGUGCACUGGCUCUACAACUACAACGAGCUCAAGGCAACAAACGUCCUCAGCACGGUGACGGUGCUGCAGCUGGCCACGACGCACCAUCUCAAGGUGGUGCACUACAUCUCGACCAUCGGGACGAUUGCCAUGGCCAAGGGCUCCGACAAGCCGCUCGAGGAGAAAAUGUACUCCAACUGGAACCUGUCGGGCGGCUACUCGCAGACCAAGUGGGUCUCUGAGCAGCUGAUCAACAAGGCACGAUCGAGGGGCGUGCCUGCAACCAUCAUUCGGCCAGCGAUGAUUGCUGGCGACAGCGGAUACGGAGUGUGCAACACAGACGACUAUAUCUGGCGAUACGUCGAGGGAUGUAUCAAGCUCGGCAUUUGCCCGGCAAACGCCAGUCCCGUCACUUGGACCAUGGAUCCCGUCGACCAUGUUGCCAAGGUGAUUGCCGAGAUUGUCAGCUCGGAGGAGGCGCUGUCCAAGUUUGUGUUCCACAUCAGCGACUCGGAGCACAGUGUCAUCACCGAGAAGCGUGUCUUCGAGAUCGCCAAUUCCGUUGGCUGGAUCAUCAUGUUGGAUACCCGUGAAAAGUUCAGGACGGUCAUCUGGCGCAACCCAUCGCCCGAUAACCACGCUCUGCUUGCGUUCAUGCGGAUGCUGAUGGACCUGUCCUUCAGGGUCGACAACACCAACACUCGCUCGAUCUACCCGACGCCGUGUCCCUCGCCCGAGCUGGUCGUCAGGAAGAGUCUCUUCCACUUGGAUCGGGUGUCCUAUCUCGACCAGCCCACGGCGGCGGAGACCGAGCUCAAGGACGAGGAGUAUCCCGAUGUCCGUCCCUUCACCCGCACCGGCCGCCACUGA